AUGAUCUUAAUUAAAAGUCUUAUUACAGCUGCAAAUAUUGUUAUUGCGGUUGUAUUACAUCGUACAUCUUAUAAUUGGGGAAUAUCUCAAGAAUCUAACACACGAGAUUCUGAAUUGAGUUUUUGCAAAAAAACUUUAUCAAAAGUAUCACUUCGUCAACGUUGUUCCGGUGGUUCAAUAGCUACAACAGCUGAUUUAGUAUUAGCAACAAAACGACGUACAAAUGCACAAGUUACACGGAUGCUUUUAGCUGUUACAUUAUCAUUAAUUAUAUUUAAUAUUCCCAAUACACUAUUUUUUAUUACUGUUCAAAUUUAUGAUACAAGACAAUUAUUAUUUGGACGUUCAUGUAUAGAUGUUAGUGAUCAUGACAUAAUCUUAUAUAAACUUGGAUUUUAUUCAAGCACUGUACAAGAUAUAUUGUCGGAUUUACCACAUGUAGUUAAUUUUUUCCUAUAUUGUUUAGCUGGAAAAAAAUUUCGAAAUAUAUUUAUAAAUGAAUUUCAUCAAUUAUUUAUGGAUUUUCAUUUAAUUAAGAGAAAAGAAAGACGUCUUACAUGUGGAACAUCUGUUAUGAAUUAUGAUACAUCACCAAGUCCAGCUUAUAUUCAAAAUUCAGAACGUGUAUCACCAAAAACUCCUCCAUCAAAAGUACGACAAAGUGUUGAAGUUUUAUUUAAUGGCAAAAAUGCUCUAACAAUACUUAGUCGUCGAAAUGAAAAUUUUGCAAGAAAAAAAAACCGUAAAUCUAAUGGCAACAAUAAAUUUAUUCGUUCAUAA